CCUAUACGCGCCGUGAUCCUAAACGAUGACGACGAGACGAUCAUGAGCUUAUUACGUGGUAACCGUUGUAGAGAAGGUUUUGCUUAACGAAUAACAUAAUGGCUAAUCUGGCUUAAACAUUAAAUACGUUCGCCAAGGAAACGAAUGAAGGCAUCAUGAAACUCAGCGUUACUUCGUUUCGAGCUCAUUCGUCAGCUCAGAAAAAAAUAUUAAAAUAUCAAAAUCAGCUCAACUACGUCACAACACAUUGUCCUGUUGUACCAAGUAUAAAUUCGCAAUCUCCAACGUUUAAUGUCAGACAAAUGAUGGUCGACAGUACGGGAAUGAGAACGGACAAUAUAAAGCCAGGAACGCCCAUUACGUCUGAAACGUCCAGCUCAAAAAAUACCAAUGAUAAUUCCAGCGGCAAUGUCAAAAACAGUUCAACGAAUGCCGAAAAGAUCGUACCAUCCAGAAGCAGGAGCAAUCAGAGAUGGAUGAAACUCAGGACCACCGUGCAGUUAUCUAGUGCUAUAUCUUCGACGAUAAAGACAUCAAAACCAACGCUACAGAGGGAGGACUCAUUCAUCAAACGGUUUUCCACACGGCAAGUGGCUGAAAAACAGGAGACGUUGGAUACCGGCGAUGACGGAGAAUGUAGUUCCGGCUCGCAGGACAACAUCGAAUACGUUCGCCGGAAACGCCGAUUGCGUCGAAAGCAGAACAAACUCCCGUGGUCCGUGGUCAACCCAGACGAGAAUUUCUACUUCAACUGGCUAAUGGUGUUGACAGGCUGCACGCUGUACAACCUGUGGACGGCCAUCGUCCGGCAAAGCUUGCCAGAGCUGCAGCGCAUGGCUUCCCCUUGGUGGUCGGCCAUGGACGCAUUCAGCGACAUCGUAUUCCUGUUGGAUGUGGCUGUCCAGUUCCGGACCGGUUAUCUGGAACAGGGUCUGAUGGUGUACAACACUAGCAAGUUGGCCGGUCAUUACAUCCGGUCCCGGUCGUUCCUGUUCGAUCUCAUAGCACUCACACCUCUGGAUCUGAUACAGUUAAAAAUCGGCGUGCACCCUAUACUCCGAUUCCCUAGGUUCAUCAAGGUAUAUAGGGUGUACGACUAUUACUACAUGGUGGAAUCAAGAACGGUCUACCCAAAUUUAUGGAGAGUAAUCAAUCUGAUUCACAUUUUAUUGAUACUGGCCCAUUGGUUCGGAUGUUUUUAUUAUCUGUUAUCCGAAGCGGAAGGAUUCAAAGGCGAUUGGGUGUACCCGUACAAGCCGGGUGACUACGCAACGUUGACCAGAAAAUACUUGGGAUCGUUGUACUGGUCCACGCUGACGCUAACUACAAUCGGCGAUCUACCCACACCAGAAACUAAUGCCGAGUACGUUUUCACCAUAGUAAGCUACUUGAUUGGAGUCUUUAUAUUCGCCACUAUCGUCGGGCAGGUGGGCAACGUGAUAACGAACAGAAAUGCAAACCGAUUAGAGUUUGAACGGUUGUUGGAUGGUGCCAAGCUAUACAUGCGCCAUCACAAGGUGCCGAGUGGCAUGAAAAAAAGAGUGCUGAGAUGGUACGACUACUCAUGGUCCAGGGGACGUAUUCAAGGUGGCGGCGAUAUAAACACGGCGCUGGGUCUUCUUCCGGACAAAUUGAAAACCGAACUGGCGUUACACGUCAAUCUGGCGGUUUUGAAAAAAGUUACAAUAUUUCAAGAAUGCCAACCGGAAUUCUUACACGAUUUAGUUCUCAAAAUGAAAGCUUACAUAUUUACACCUGGGGAUUUAAUAUGUCGGAAGGGAGAAGUGGCCAGAGAGAUGUUCAUCAUAGCAGACGGAAUUUUAGAAGUUAUUAGCAGUGAAACUGGACAUGUUUUGACGAUAAUGAAAGCUGGUGAUUUCUUUGGAGAAAUAGGAAUUCUCAACUUGGACGGAUUUAAUAAGAGGACUGCUGAUGUUCGAUCAGUUGGAUAUUCAGAGUUAUUCAGUUUAUCUCGUGAAGACGUUCUUGCCGCCAUGAAAGACUACCCCGAAGCACAAGAUAUUCUUCAAACACUAGGCAGAAAGCGUCUGAUGGAAGCAAGGAAUGCAAAUAAGAUUGUUGCAGAUCGGAUAAAAUCUCGGGCUGAAGCUGCAGAAAACUGUAGUGGAAUCGUGGAAAAAAUUCGUUGUGAUGUCAAAGGACUUCGAAAUGCAUUUUCAAAAGGACGACGUGGCACUAGAGCUGUAGUUGAAGAGAGCAUGGAGUUACAACCAUUAACCAGUAGUGGUCGCAAAUCAGAAAAUAGCAGUAGUAAAAGUAUUUUAAGAAGAAUGCCCCGGGUAUGGAGUGAUGAGUUAGCUUCAGGGACUGAUCACAGUGAUGAAGACCCGAGGCCGAUAUCACCAGGUAUUCCAAUACUAAAUAAAGCUAAAUCAGAUAAAGAACCUAGGGCUAAUGAGUUUAAGAAGUGUUUAUUGUCACCACCGCCUAGCAUGUCAGAAACAGGUCGAAAAGAAUCGAUGAACCAAGAAGUAAUCGGCGCUGGGCUUCCAUUAUUGCAGAGGCUAUUGAUUCUUAAACAAAAAAAUGACCAAGAAAUGGUGACACAAAAUAAACCGAAGAAAGUUGAUCUAGAAGUAACUGAAAGUACACCUAAGGUAAAAUCAAAUGUGAAAUUAAAAACUCCUAAAAAAGAAAAUGCGAAAAGUAUAAGCUUAAAGCAACGAUUAUCGGAGGUACACGCCAGGCAACGGAAGCCGACGACGAAUACAAAAUUAUGGACGCUUUUGAAAAAAGCGACGGUGCUUACUCCAAAAGCCAAGUUGCAAGACUUAAAAGCCGAUAAUGAAGUCCUACGCGACACGUCGUCUCUUCAAUCAAACUUGAAAUCCACCACCGAUGUUUCACAUAUAAAUAGUGGUGGUUGCGAAAACAAGUUUAUUGUAAUGUGCCAAAAAUUAGAUGACCAAUAUAAGCAGGGCUCAUUGAUUGCUCAAAACAUAUCGGCUCACAAUAGUUUAAACAAUAAAUGUACUGAAAAUAAUAUUAAUAAGGAAAAAUGUGAUAUUAGAAUAGUGCAUAGGCCAAAAGUGUUGCAUUUAGAUGGCACGAAAAGAUGUUACAAUUCGAUCAACGAUCUGUCGCCGGAAUAUUCCGGUUUGUCAUUCGUUAAGAAAUUAAAGAUAUUAAACGAACGACAAAAGCUAGCAGAACUGGAAGAGAAGGCGUUUUUGAGAAGUUCCAGCCUGGAUUCGUCUGGUUGCAGGACUUUAGACGUUUCGUAUGGCAACCAGUUGACACGGAGUCACUCAGAAGCGGUUGCCUUGGAGGUAGUACUAAGAAACCAAAAUUCGCGCAAACCAGAAUCGUUGAGCUGCAGCACAUCACCAGCAGACGAAUGUAACGAAACUGCUGAACGAAUACGACUUAAGAAUAUACUUAAGAAAUUAUCAUCAAACUGUUUCGGUAACGAAAAAGUGAACCAAUUGAUGAAUUCACAGACCAUAGAAGGAUACGCUGCCAGACACUCCAAAAUGACUAGAAACGUUACGUUCAACCAACGUCGCACAAUAGAAUCAUCGCCAGAUUCUUGUACCUCCUUGUUUACGUUUCCCGACAACAUAACCUCACAAUGUAAAAACCCCGAUCUUAUACCUAUAAAAUCUAUUGAUUUGUCUCAUAAGACUGACUUAAUAGAGUCUUCCCAAAAAACUUCAAAGCAUACAAAACUGUCCAAACGAAUGUCUACCAACACUGUACAGUACGUGUCGAGUCGGCCAGAUAUUCGACAAAACUGUUACGACGAAAUAUUAAAUGGUGUGAAAACAAUAGUCGAGAAAUGUUUAAAUGAUAUUGAAGGAAAAUAUCGUGAUAAAAUAGAUGAACUCGAAUCUGAAAUUAACAAACGAGAUUAUACAAUAAGCACGCUUUGUGAACAAUUCAAUCAGAAACUUUGUGAUCAACCUAUUGACGAAGGUAAAUUAGGAUCAUUACUUGAUAAUUAUUCAAAAAAUAUAGAAGAAGACGAAGAAAAUCCAUUUAUAAGAAACGAUUCUGUGGAUACAGUCAUGUGUCCAAAAAUAUCUUCUUUAAACAGUUUAUCGCCAUUCGGAAUGGACGAUCCGAGGUAUUACAACCCAAAUUCCACCAGCCCAGCAUUGUUAUCUAGUAAAUCUUGGGAAGACAGGUCGGAAGAAGAGAAAAUGGAACUCCGAGACCUACCCAAUUCGAUUAUUCCAGAACCGUCGUGGCAACAUGACGAGACCAGAAUUGAUAUGAAUUUUACGGACGACGAAGAAGAGGAGUUUCCACCCAGGUGGGAGAAUUGGGAAGCGGAAAUGUUAGUGGGACACACUAGCCACAACGACCUCCACGCUGGCCCAGGGCUUUUGAGCAGAAGAUCUUUGGACGAAAAUAGUAUGAUCAUACACAGAGGACUUCAGGGAAGGAGAAGGUGUUUGUCGAUAGAUAACGUGCCGUUUUCCAAUUCGAUACUAAGAAAUUUUGGGCAAUACGUCCGUUUAGGGGGCAGUUCAUCACAAACACCUUCACCUGACAUACUUCCAACUAUAUCUAAGAGUUGUUUUUCGUUGGUAUCGCAACCCGAUACUUAAAAUAAAAUUUUACUGAUUAUUAUUAUUACUAUUAUUAAGUACUGUUAUUAAAAUUAUUAUUAUUAUUAUUAUUAUUAUUAUUAUUAUUAUUAUUAUUAUUAAUAAUAUUGUUGUUGUUGUUGUUGUUGUUUUUGGUUAAUACGAAAUUUUACCAAAACAGGAUAGUUGCAUGGUCUUAUCAUGACUAUAUUAUAAAUUAUAAUUGUUCAUACCUUAAUAUUUUAGUAACAAACGAAUUUAUUUUUAAGUUUUUGGAACAUAAUGUUAUAUAGUUUCAAAUUUGCCAUUCUAGCAUUGUGCUAGAUACCAUAAACAUUUGCCGUCAAAUAUGUUAAAAAUAGGGACCAAUAAUAAUUCAGUUUUAAACAGAUUUCCGUUGUAAUUAUUGACAUAGAAAUGCAUAUUUUUCUACCAAUACCUUAAUUAGUACUUAAUAAUAGGUAAAUAUUAAUUGUUUAUAAUAAUAUUUUUUUUUUUAUUAGUAUUUAUUCAAAGUCUAUUAAAGUGUUAAGACAAGUUAUAUUUUAUGCAAACGUAUAAAAUAAUUGGUUAGGUAGGAAAUGGCAAUAAAUAUUAUACAAUUUAUACACCAUUUUUUUUAAAAAUGUAUUUCGGAUUCAUUGGUGAAUAAAGUCUGGUGUUCACAAUGUUAACAGUUAUAAAAUAAUCUAAAAUAUUAUUUCGAAAUAAUAAUUAAUUGAAACAAAUAAUUUUACAUUGUGUAUUUAUUUUUUUAGUAAGGUUAAGUUAUGUAUGAAACGUACAAACAUUUAAUUUCAAAACAAAUCGUGUAUCUUACACAAGUAUUCCGUAUAUUAGUUGAAAAUCGUGAUUCGCAGCAUAAAAAAGCACAAACUAUUUAAAAAAUAUCUUCGGUUUAUUAGGAUUAUUUUUAUUCCUACACAAAACACACUCGUUUUUACAAUUUUUAUAUUUAUUUUGAUAUUUAAUCAGAACAGAGUAAUUGGAUUUUAAAACACAACAUUAUUGUUUUUUUAUUAUUUUGCUAAAUUAUUUGGUAUUCAUGAACAAGUUCGUAUGGAAAAAUAUACGAUAUUACUAUGCAACUACUCUAAUCCUGUUAUAUAUUGCAUUACGCUUGAGGCUUGACCUAAUGUUUGUUAUUAUGUAUGAAAAUUAAUAAUAUCCAUAUGCAUCGAUGAUUUUCCUCGUAAAAUAAUUCAUUUUUGGUCACAACAACAAAAAAAUCUAAAUAUUAUAUUAUAUUUUGUAUUCGUAAUACAAAACGAAAACAGUUAUUAAAGCGAUGGUCAGAUCAGAAUGGUCAUCUGUCGCUAAAACAAACGUCCACAUCUCGAUAACUCCAAUGUAGAUUGGUAUUUGAUAAUUUUUCCACACCUUACCACGUAUAUUUACUGAAGGUUUUCUCUCCGAUAUUACUUAUUGUCUUGUUAUAAUAGUAUAUGUAAUAAGUUUACUUAGGCUAACUUAAUUCUGAUCGUACUAGUACAAUUAGUUAUUUGUUAGUAUAAAACAAAAUGUCAUACUUUUUGUAGUUUUUAUAAAAAAAAUUAAAGUACCUAUGAUCUUUAGCAAAUUUUUACAACUUUGUAAUGAAACUAAUAAGUUCAGGUCAUUAUACAAUGAUCAAAUUUAAAAUAUAAAAUGCUAUUAAUCAAUGGUGUUGUAAACUUGUAAUUAUAUCUAUAGGGACCAGUGCAAUAUUCAAACUUAAUAAACAGUUAAAACUUAAAUUAUUUAUUACUAAAUUUAUUCAUAAAUAAUAUAUUUCUGCUCAAAAUCAGAAAUUAUUAAAUAUUUUUUAUAUUGUUUAGCCAUUGUAUAAUGAUUUCUUUUGAACAUCUACUUAAAAUGUAUUUCAUACUUUUUAAUUAAUGUAAGUUAAAUUUUCUAAACUUUACAAAAAAAAAAUUUUUUAAUUUUAAUUGUAUAUAGAUGUUGUUCAGUUCAAUAACUUUUAUCAAUAAAAUUGUAUUAUUGUUAUAAUAUUUCUUAUCGGAGAGAAAAUAUUUUAAGUGGCGAGGAAAGGAAAGUAAUUUAUUUAUUUAUAUUAAUUUUACUAUAUAAAUUAUAAUGUGUUUUGUACAUAAUUUAUAAUACGUAAUUAUAAAGUAAUGUAUUUGUAUUAUAAAUAGUUUGAUAGAAAUUUUUUGUACAGAAUUGUAAUUUUUUUUUAUUUAUAAUUUAUUCAAAGUUAAUUAUAUCUAUAAAUGGCAUUGUUAUAA